UGUGGCGCAAACUCUUCACAACACUUAUUGUUUGAUUACUUUUUUGAAACUCUUGUUUUCGUUUGUCAAUCACUUCUUGGGAUCAGAUUUAAUGGCGAAUAUCGUGAGGAAACAGUUGAAUAAACAGAUGUUUACCAUCUGUAUUGAGGGUAAUAUAGGAAGUGGUAAAAGCAGUUCACUGAAGCACUUGAGCGACAAAUACCAUAAUGUGAUCACUCAUUGCGAACCAAUGGACAGAUGGGUUAACCUUAGACAUAAUAUGAUUGAAAUGCUGUACAAAGAUCUCAACCGAAAUGCGUUUAGUUUUGAACACUUCUCACAAUUGACACGACUUGAGAUGUUUGCCAACUCUUAUGAGACCACAGAUCACGAUAAACACAUCCGUCUGAUGGAGAGAUCCAUAUAUUCUGCGAGACAUUGUUUCACACAAAACCUCUUCAAUAGUGGUAAUCUCUCGAAACCGGAGUUUAUUAUAAUUGACGAGUGGUUCAAACGGUUGAGCGCUAAGCCGUGUCUUAAAGCCGAUCUCAUAAUCUAUUUGCGAACUUCUCCUCAAACAGUAUUACAGAGAAUCCAAAACAGAUCCAGAAAUGAAGAAAUGCAAAUUCCUAUUAAGAAGGAGAAAAAACCGAAGAAGAAAACGGCAAAGAAGCCGAAGACCGCUAAAAAAUAA